UGCAUUCAGAAUUAACUAUACUCCUCGCCACAUAUCACCUCCACUGAAUAUUUUGGUGAAGAUAUGCAUCUCCUAAAGUUACUCUUCUUCAUCUUAGCAUGCUUCUCUCAUACCGUCUGUUCUAGAUGCCUCUCUCAUACCGUCGAUUCUGGUUACAACACCUCCGUGAUACCCAUAAUAAAAGAUGAAAACACAUCUCUUCACAAAGUCCCUUUUGAGCUCGAGGUACUAGAUCCCAACCAAGGGUCGUAUGAUUAUCUCAUCAUCGACCUCGACACUCCGUAUGCGUGGAAAGAUAUCCCGCUUACAAACUCCCCCAUUCCUUGUGACGAAGACGAUGGUUGCAGGGAUCCGGUACCAUGCGACACCGAUUUGUGCAAAGAAGCAAAAUCUUACAUCAACCCUAUCUGCCCUACACCCAACAAAACCGACUGCAGCAUGUGUAUAGUCACUCCUUUGAAUCCUGUUUCAAACGCUUGCGUAGCAUCAAACCUAACCACUGAUUUACUCAGACCGUAUUGGACCGAUGGGCGGAACCCUAUUAAUUGCUAUCCAAGACAUCCAUUUGGAGGCAGGUUUAAACUGUCAACUGCACCUAAAUCUUUGGAUCAAUCUUUUCCUAAACAUGUUAGAGGUGUUGCGGGGUUUUCAUGGUCUGGUUUGUGUAUUCCACGUCAGCUUAAUUCUACUGGCGUUACUACCGCUGCGAAAUUUGCACUUUGUCUUCCGAGCUCUUCAUCGGCUCGUGGUGUCACAUUUGUGGGUGAAGGGCCUUUUUAUUUUAAAACAAACCCUAAUGUUGAUCUUAGAAGCUAUCUUUCGUACACUCCAAUGAUUCGAAAGAGUCCCAAAUCGCUUGGAUAUUAUAUUAAGAUAAACCGGAUCUUGAUUAAAGGGACGCCGGUUAAUUCUGUACCGAAAGGUGGUUCGGUGAAGAUGAGUACUAUAGUUACGUACACAACUCUCAGAAGUGAUAUCUAUAAAGCUUUGGUUGAAAGUUUUUCAAACGCUACAGCUGGCAUUCCUCAAGUACCCGCGGUUGAACCGUUUGGUUUGUGUUUUGAAGAUGGUGCGUUUGGGUCUGGUAGUGUUCCGAGGAUUGAUCUUGAGAUGGAAAGUGAGAACAUAUGGAGUGUUUCUGUAGAAAAUUCGAUAAAGUGGGUAGGGAAUGGCGCAGCGUGUCUAGCGUUUGUGGAUGGUGGUUCGAAAGUGACGGAUCCGAUAGUGAUUGGGACGUUUCAGAUGGAGAACAAUUUCUUGUACUUUGAUCUCGAGAAUCAGCAGUUGGGGUUUAGCUCUUCUUUGUUGUCUCGAGGAACCAAUUGCAGCAACUUCAACUUCAACUUAGUUGAAAGCUAUACGUACCAAUUGUCUUCAGAAUAAGGAAGCGUGUAUGCAUAUGCUUCUAGGUACACUCUUUGUGUACACUCUUUGUAUUGUAACUUAGUAAUUAUAUAAAUAAAUAAAUAAAUGCGAUGUGCAUCAAA